GUUUACUAUGUUAUGUCUAGUCCAUGAGACCAGGCUGUUAUGAUAUGUCCCUGCUCAGCCUCUACAGUAUCGGAAACAUUGGCAGGGAUACAGUAGCCUACACAUGUGGAAACACACAUCUCCACUUAUCCACUGCUGCCUCUGGGUGGGAGGGCCAGUCCCCCUCAACACCGCUGGUCCCGAGCUGUGAGAACGCACAAGGGUGAGGGAGGAGACACAGACUUGACGUCAAGGAAACCCUAUCUCGCGCUGAGCCCUUCUUUAUAUAAAUCUCGCCGCGGAAGAAAUCCCAUUAUAACAUUAGAGGGAGACCGAUUUACGGGAUUACACGCGCUCACAGUGUUCAGAGACCUCAACAACCAAACAGCCUCUUCCUUUCCCAUCUCGAGGAUUUAACUGUCUACCGGCACUAAUGCGUGACUUACACUGAUGUGGGACAACUUCUGACAUGUUCUCUUAUUCCUGAGUUUGGACAUUCGGUUGUAUCCAGUCUUCAUCCAUUUCACUCAAUUAUGGACUUGUAGGAUUUAUUUUACUUUCUGAGAAUACUUUGGAGAUUCUCAUCUGUUCCAUUAUUUGUUUUAUAGUCCAGUCCAGGGGUGUUUUUUCAGCGCACCUUUAUUUUUAAAGGGCGAGUUUUAUUGGUUUGAUUUAUUUUAUUAUCUUAUCAUCAUGCUGUUGAGCAUGCGACGACACAGUCUGCGGCUGCAGCACCAACUCCACCGGUGGAGCAUCAGUGAUACCGGGAGCCACCUAUCAGACAGCCUCGCGUCUCCAGCGUGCAUGUCCCGCUCCAAAUCCUGUUCCAACUCCGCCGGGGAAUCGGAUGGGAGCCGCGACAGCUGGGCCUCUUUAGACUCCACAGACUACGUCAUCUCCACUGGGUCUACCGGGAAUACCGGCGGCAGCUCGAGACCGUUUCGCGUGGUGCUGCUGGGCGCAAGAGGGGUCGGUAAAUCCGCGAUUGCCAGCAUCUUCGCUGGAGCGGCGGACAGCAUGGACAGUGACGAGUGCGAGCUCUAUGGAGAUGAGGUGUGUGAGCAGACCAUCACAGUGGAUGGAGAGAAAGCCACAGUCAUUCUAGUGGACAACUGGGACUCAGAGGAUGAGGGAGGCUCGUCUCAGGACCAGUGUAUACAGACAGGCGAUGCGUACCUGCUGGUAUACUCUAUAACUGACCGGUCCUCCUUCCUGCAAGCCUCAGAGCUACGUAUAGCCCUCCGCCAACGCCGCCCUGCCCACCACACACCAAUCAUCCUGGUGGGAAACAAGUGUGACUUGGUCCGCCGCAGAGAGGUGUCAGUUACCGAGGGCCGUGCGUGUGCUGCAGUGUUUGACUGUAAGUUCAUCGAGACGUCAGCAGCGAUGCAACACAACGUCUGGCCAGCCUUCCAUGGCAUUGUACAGCAGCUACGACUACGCAGAGACACCAAGGAGAACAACAACCGCCGCAGACACACACACUCACACACACGCUGCGACAGCAUACCCAAGAAGGCCAAACGCUUCCUGGACAAGAUGGUGGCCAAGAACAAUGCCAACGUCGCAUUCCGUCUGAAGUCCAAAUCCUGCCAUGACCUUUCAGUGCUCUAAGACCCAGGACACACACACAACCCCAACCCUACUGCAGUCUACAUUAGACUGACCCCUCAAAACUGUCGCCCCAUUCGCCAGCCUCUGUGACGGUCUGGAGAAUCAACCAAUGGACAUGCAGUGUUCUGACAAUCUCAGCCGACAGAGAGAUUGAAAUAGGAAAAGAGAGAGAGGUGCUAGAUAAUUAGUGAUCUCUAAUCCUUUUAGGAUCCCUCACUGAGACGCUCUCUCUCUCUCUCUCUCUCUCUCUAUCAUCCGUCGUUCUCUCUCCCAAGUGCUUUAACUAGGUUACCCGGACAAUUUGAAUUCUGAUAACAAGGUGUUUGUAUGUCUGUGGUUUUGUAUAUAGUCCUAUCUGUCCGAUUGAGAUAACUGACAAUCUGCACAGCUCAUCAUGUGUAUGUUUUGCUGUGUGUGGAUAUUUUCCAUUGGUUUUGUUUAGCUGUGGAAUAAAAUCCAUAUUUUCUUUAAAAUGUCA